CUGCUGUUGUCAAGGGACGUAGUCUCCUUGGCUCAGUUAACUUGUCCGCGGUUCAGUGGUUCGUUGCAGGUGGACCUGAUCACAACAAAAGCUGUAUCCAAGUCAUCAAUGUCAGACAAUCCACUUACCAGCCAUGUACUUGACACUGCCACAGGGCGGCCUGCUGCCAACAUGAGGAUAGUUCUUCACAAACUUGAAGGAGAUGCCUGGCAGGAGAUUACUACCAAAACUACUAAUUGUGAUGGAAGGGCUGGAUAUUUUGUUCCUAAAGAAGCAUUUACCCAAGGAACAUACAAGAUAUUAUUUGAUACAGGAGCAUACUUCAAGCAGCUUGCAGUGAAAGGCUUCUAUCCUUAUGUAGAGAUUGUGUUUGUCAUUGAAAACCCUGAAGAACAUUAUCAUGUUCCACUGCUCAUUAGUCCUUAUGGCUAUUCUACAUAUCGAGGUAGUUGAGGUGUAAAGUUGCAUCAAGCUGGACAGUCUUCCCAACAUACUGGAGUAAGACUGAUGUUGUCACAUUGUUGUAUAUUCAUCAAGUGCAAUAACAAUAUAUAAGAACACUCUUGAAUUACUGUAGUAGUAGUAGUAGUAGAUUACUCUUUACUAAUCUGUUUGUUUAAAGUUUUACUAAAUUUUUCUGUACUUUGUGGAACUGUCAAGCAAGUACAAAAGUUGAAAAAAAUAAUCUGGAAAAAAGUGCAUCUUCAGUUAGUAAAAAGAAUCAAGAAGAGCAUUUGUAACAAAUUCAUGACUUUAGUGAAUGAGUCUGGGACUAUUAAUGAAAAUAAUUAUAUUAUUAUUAUUAUUUGUAACAAGAGUGCACAGCUAAGUAACAGAAUGCAUGAAAGGGCUGGUUGUAUUAAAAAUGUAUUACAUUGUAAAUUUGUGACAUGUAUCAGAGAAAAUAUGAGGUAACAAAGAAAUAUUUAUAUUUUACCUUUGUAGUUGUUAAGUUUUGAAAAGAAAAUAUUUGUCAAAUUAUAUUUUUUAUCUAACAAUAUUCAUGAAAUUUUUUAGUAUAACAUUCUUCUAAAUAAAGCUGCUGCCUAUUUA